AGACCCCACAUAUUCUUCCCUUGAAUUUAUGCGCAGAUUUGGUGAGUCUGUGCAAAUGGGUAGAUUAACUGCACGAUACUAGACUAGUGGAGAAGAUAUGUCCUCUCUUUCUAUCUCUCUCUUACUUUAGAUUUCCUUGGCAAUUUUCACGUGCUUAUUAUUGUAGUCAUUAAAAAAAAACAGUCUUUUAUGGACAAUAAACAUUUGAUAAGCUUUGAUCAAUUGUUCACCUCUCCUAACCCUUUUCUUUCAUUUCUGUGAAAAAAUUUCUGUAUCUUCUUCUUUCAGCUUUAUUUUGAAGAAAAGGGUGCUCAAAAUUAUUUGAGAUUGCAGACCCCCUCUCUCUCUAGACAUGUCUAGUUCAAGAAUGGUUUUUGAUGGCAGGAGGCAGCCUGGGAGAUCAAAUUUUGUGCAGACAUGUAAUCUCUUAAGUCGUUAUAUUAAGGAAAAAGGGAGUCUCAGAGAUUUGAAUAUCGAAAUUGGUGGAAAAGCAGAGAGCCUUGAACACAUAGUGAAGCCUGUAUUAACUCAAUCUUCAAUUAAACAACAGCCAUUCGUGGCUCCGAAAUCGUCCGUUGAUGCGCCUACGAGCUGCAAAGAGGAUCCAGCAAAGCCAUCCCAGUUGACAAUAUUCUACUCAGGCAGAGUGUUGGUGUUUGAUGAUUAUCCAUCUAACAAGGUUGAAGAGCUCGUGGCAUUUGCCAAGAAGGAGAGCUCCUGCAGCAUUCUCUCGAGCAACAUGGACGCUGCUGGUGGGCCCAUCUCUAGCUCGCGAGAUGGGCUGCCUCCACGGCCUCAUCAGGCCGGUACCGGCUCCCACAAGGCUGCCGCCAUUUCAUCCAACGCCUCUAAGGAGAAAAAGAGCAGCACUACUACUACUACUACUACUGACGCUAAUGGUUCAGGUAAAUUGAAUUUGUUGGAAUUUUUCUUUUUCUUCUUUUAUGAGAUUGUUGAUGGAUGUUUUUGGUGUGUUGUAGAUCUGCCAAUUGCAAGAAGAUCGUCACUCCAUCGGUUUCUUGAGAAGAGGAAAGAUCGGUAUGUUUGUAUUCUGUCUUUUUUUUAUUAUUAUUGAGUGUCUCAAACUCUCAAAAUGUAUUUUUCGGUUUUAAAAUUGAACACUACCUUUAAAAAUCAUUUGCAAGUAUAACUUGAUUAGAUAGAGAAUGUGAAUUAAUCGCUUGAUACUAAACCUUAGCCUAAAACUAAGUAGAUUUGGAAUAUUUCACGUUAAAUGUUUAUAUACAAUAGAACACGAAAUGUAACAUUUUAUUUGUUGCAGAUCUGUGGUUAGGGGGCCUUAUCAUCAAGUUCAAGAACAUCCAGGCUCUUCUUCAAAGGGAGAUGAACAGCUUGAGCUCAAAUUAUGAUGCUGUGACUGUCUUAGAUAUAAUAGGGUUCAAUUAUUAUGGCUUAUUGUAUAAUCUAUCUAGCAUUUGAUUGAGUGAUUUGUUGAAGAUUUUUAGCUUUAUAAGCUUGUGUACUAGAGUCAUGCAAUCAAUUAAUAGGAAAAAAGUUGAUGCCUCUCAAA